AAUUCCUACAAUUGCAAGUACUACUGCAGUCUCAUGGCGAAACUGAUCGAGGCAUCUUCCUCCUUCUCCUCCUCUGCCUCUUCAUCUGGAUCUUCCAAUUACGAUGUGUUUCUCAACUUCAGGGGUGAAGACACUCGCAAAAACUUCACUGGCUUCCUUCACUAUGAUCUGAAGAACAAAGGAAUCAAUGUUUUUAUUGAUAACGAAGAAUUGUGGACUGGAGAAGCCAUUGGCCAAAGCCUCCUUAGAGCGAUCCAGGGCUCCAAAAUCUCUAUCCCCGUCUUCUCCAAAAGCUACGCUUCAAGCAAAUGGUGCCUCCUUGAACUUUCUAAGAUACUCCAUUGCCACAAAUCCAACGGUCAAUUAGUCCUCCCCGUAUUCCUCGACGUUGAACCGUCGGAUGUUCGGAAUCAGACCGGAAGUUUUGAGGGACCUUUUAAGGAACAUGAGAAGAAAUUUUCUUCUCAGCCUGAAAUGGUUGAGGGUUGGAGGAAAGCUUUGAGAGUGGUAGGAGAACUGAAGGGAUAUGUUCUCAAGGACGACGCAAAUGGGGAUCAAGCAAAGCUAGUUGAAUUAGUUGUCAAAAGGGUUCUAAAUUAUUUGAUCAGCAGCACCCAGUUGGUUGAAUGUAAAUACCCCAUUGGAAUAGAUUUCCAUGUAAAUAAACUAUUAUCUUUAUUAGAUAUUGAUUCCAAUGAUGUUCAGUUCGUGGGAAUCUGUGGUUUUGGUGGCAUUGGGAAGACAACUAUUGCCAAGGCUAUCUAUAAUAGGAUCCAUUUGGACUUCAAUAAGCAUAGUUUUCUUCCAGACAUUAGAGAACGAGCGGCACAAUGCAUGGGUCUAGCAUCUUUGCAGAAGCAACUUCUUGAAGAUACUCUUGGAGGAAACAUUCACACAGCUGAUUAUCAUAGAGGAAAAAAAGUGAUAGAACAAAGUCUUUGUAGAGAAAAGGUUCUUCUUGUUCUUGAUGAUGUGGAUGAUAAAAAACAGGUAGAUGCUUUGGUUGGUGAACUCAACUGGUUUGGUCAAGGAAGUAGGGUCAUAAUAACCUCCAGAGACGAACAAAUUUUGAAUGUGGCUGAAGUUAAAGAAGCUAAAAUCUACAGGCCUCAACUAUUCAACUAUGAGGAAUCUCUUCAACUCUUUAGCUUGCAUGCCUUUUCAAUGGACCGACCUCCUGAAGAUUUUAUGCAAUUUGCACAUAGUGUGGCAGUCUAUUCGGAUGGGUUGCCUUUGACUUUAGAGGUACUGGGGUCUUACCUAUCGAACGUAAGAAGCAAAAAAGUGUGGAAAAGUACAUUACAAAAGUGGAAAGAAAUUCCACAUGAAGAAGUCCAAAGAAGGCUGAGGAUAAGCUAUGAUAAGCUAGAAGAUGGUUAUCAAAAAGCCAUAUUUCUCGAUGCUGCAUGCUUUUUCAUUGGAUGGGAGAAAGAAGCCGUAAUUACUAUAUGGGAAGCUUGUGGAUAUCAUCCUGAAUCUGCAAUACACAGAUUAAUUAAAAUGUCCCUUCUAAAAUUUGAAGGUUGCUACUUGAGGAUGCAUGAUCAAAUCCGUGAUAUGGGAAGGAACAUUGUCAAGGAAGAAAAUCUUAUGGAGCCGAGGAACUGA